AGCUGAUGCAGACACAUUGCGUGAUGCUCUCAAUGCCCUCACAGAAAACAUGGCUGAGGAAGACAAAGACAGGUUUCAACGUGACUUGCAGGACAUGGAGAGUUUUGUGAAUAUGUUUCCUCAGGUGCAACUGGAACUCGAGGGGCACAUUAAGAAGCUCCAGAUCCUUGCAGAUAAAGUUGACAAGGUUCACAGGGAUUGCACCAUCUCCAAGGUGGUGGCCAGCUCCACCAGCACUGUUUCUGGAGUCCUCACCCUCCUUGGCCUUACUCUGGUACCUGUGACAGCUGGGGCCAGUCUGGUGCUCUUGGCAACAGGGAUGGGAUUGGGAGCAGCGGCGGCUGUGACUAGUGUCUCCACUGGUAUUGUGGACUACACAAGUGAGUCAUCAGCCAAAAUGAGAGCCAGCCACCUGGUGGCAACCAGCAUGGUCAAAGUGAAGAAAGUUGCAGAAGCUGUGGUUCAUUCAGAGCCCCAAGUCUAUGAGUUAUCUGAGAAUUGUUGCCGAGUCCUGCGAUGCCUUCAACAGAACAUCUAUGUCAUCAAGCUCACCAAAGCCAACCCUGCAUUAGCAUCCAGUGCCAAGCACCUCUUGACCAUAGGGGGCAUCUCUGCCCAAAGAGACAAUCAGGUGAAGAAAGCUUAUAGGGGCACUGCCCUGGCAAUAAGCAGAAGAGACUGGGUCAUGAAUGUAGCCACCACAGGUGUGUCCCUCACUGGGGAUAUGAUUGGCCUUGUGAAAGAAUCCAAGCGUUUGCACAAAGGGGCAAAGGUGAAGUCAGCUGAGGAGUUGAGGAAGCAGGCGCAGGAGCUGGAGGAGAAAUUGAAGGUGCUUAUCCAGAUCCAUGACAGUUUGCAGUCAGGUUCAACUCAGUAA